CUAGGGAGCGCGCGUGCGCUGUAGAGAAAGAGAUAGGCUUUGGGGAAAGGGGCGCCACACGCAUGGCUUCCAAAGCCUACUUGAUUCGCCAGCGGUUCAGCCGGCUGAGUCAGAGGAUGUCCACCUUCCAGAUCAACCUCAACCCGCUCAAGGAGCCGCUCGGCUUCAUCAAGAUCCUCGAGUGGUUUGCUUCUAUCUUUGCUUUUGCCACCUGUGGUGGGUUUAAGGGCAAAACAGAAAUUCAAGUGAAUUGUCUUUCUGCACCUGGUGAAAAUAAGACGAUUACAGCUACUUUUGGUUAUCCAUUCAGGUUGAAUCAGGCAUCAUUUCAUUCAGCUCCAAAUGUCAAUGUGUGUAAGGUGAAUUGGGAAAAGCAUGUCCUCAUAGGUGAUUACUCCUCUUCCGCACAGUUCUAUGUCACCUUUGCAGUCUUGGUGUUCCUGUACUGCAUUGCUGCCCUUCUCCUCUAUGUUGGUUACACCAACCUCUACCGGGAUAGUCGCAAACUGCCCAUGAUCGACUUUAUUGUUACUCUUGUUGCUACUUUUUUGUGGUUGGUGAGUUCCUCGGCCUGGGCUAAAGCUCUUACAGAUAUUAAGGUAGCUACUGGACACAGAAUUGUUGAAGAACUUGAUCCUUGUAAGUCAGAAGUGUCAUGUUACUUUGUCUCUGUGACUAGUAUGGGGUCCCUGAAUGUAUCCGUGAUCUUUGGCUUUCUGAAUAUGAUACUUUGGGGAGGAAAUGCUUGGUUUGUGUACAAGGAGACCAGCUUACAUAGUCCAUCAAAUACGUCAGCUUCUCAUGGCCAAGGAGGUGUCCCACCCACUUCUGGAAUGUAAUUAAAGGGAGAAAUACACUGUAUGAAAUGUGUGCUAUACUAUGCCUUGUUGCCAACAUCUUGAGAAGCAUUAUUGUUUCUAAUAAAAAGUAAUGGCUUUUUCA